AUGUCGACAUCUGAUGACAUACCGACAGCCAAUAGCGAUAGCUUCUGGGAGGUUGACUGCUACAAGCGAACCGUCAAACGGGCUGAAGAUGGUUUCACGGCUUGCAAUGACCUCAUAAAGAUGAUUCAAGAGAGGGCAGAGAUCGAGAAGGAAUAUGCCAAGAGGCUUAAGAUGUGGUCAAAGAGAUGGAACGAGUAUUUCGAUAAGUGCUCCGAGUAUGGCUCAACAAAGUUAACCUUGAAAGAGUCAUUGGAGGAAUCGGACAAACUUGCAUCCGUCCACCUAACGAUUCGUGAACGCCUCAACAACGAGAUCUCAAUCAACAUCAAAGAUUGGAGGAACGAGAAUUACAAGAAGCAGAUGAUGGUCGGUGGAUGCAAGGAGGCAAAAUCGUUUGAAGAAGAUUUCAAAAGGGCCCAAAAACCAUGGAGCAAGAAAUUGUCUAAAGUUAUAAAAUGUAAGAAAGAUUACCAUAAUGCUUGCAAGCUGGAGAGGACAGCUAUCAACCAAGAGACAAAUGCAAAGAAUAACACAGAAAUUUCAUUAGAUCAAUUAAGAAAGCUGCAAGAGAAAGUCGACAGGUGCAAGAAGGACGUGAUAAUAAUGAAGGAGAAGUAUGAGCAGGCCCUCAUUGAGAUCAAUGCUUAUAAUGGAAGGUACAUUGAGGAUAUGGCCGAGGUUUUUCAGAAGACACAGGAUUUUGAGAAAGUUAGACUGAAUUUCAUAAAGGGAAUCCUGUUCAAACUUCAGUCUUGCUUAGAUCUUACUAAAUUCACUGAAAUCCCAAUUAUCUACAACAACUACACCCAAUCAGUCAACAAGUUGGAACCGGAAAAAGAUCUUAAAUGGUGGUCCGAAAACCACGGGGUCGAAAUGGCGAUGACCUGGCCUACUUUCGAAGAGUACAUAACCGAAUUUCACAGCAUAACCUCGAAGCCGACCAAGAGUGCAGACGGUGGCGUCAUGUUAACUUACGUUCAGAAAAACGAUAGCGACCCGGUUAGUUCGACAACGUCAUCAAUGACGUCAUCAUCAAUAUCGGCAAUGAAUAAAAAUAUAUGGCAAGCCAAUGAAAAAACAUCGGCAUCGGCCGAUUUUAGCAACACUAACGUAGUUAAGAACGGCGUAAAAGUUAAAGCGCUAUAUGAUUACGUGAGUGGAGAAAAGGAUGAGAUCUCAUUCAAAGCUGGCGAGGUUUUCCUGAAAUUGAAAAAUAGGGAUGAACAAGGCUGGUGCACUGGUCUCAAAGAUGGUAAAGUUGGACUAUACCCCGACCACUAUGUAGAGCCUGUCAUUGAUACUUUGUUUUAA